UAUAUAUAUAUAUGCAUAUAUAUAUAUAUUACAGUUUUCUUUCUGAGAUUUCAUUUGAUCUGAUAAUUUGGAUUUAAAGGGUGAAAUGGGUGUUUUCAGUUUUGAAACUGAAAUUAGCACUGUGAUUCCUCCAGGCAGGGUGUUCACUGCAUUUGUGCUGGAUUCAGACAGCCUGAUUGCCAAGGUGUUGCCCAAUUUGAUCCAAAGUGUUGAAAUAAUUGAAGGUGACGGAGGGCCCGGGACAGUCAAGAAGAUGACUUUCGGUGCAGGGGACAAAAUAAGUUACAUGAAGAAGAGAAUCGAAGCAAUAGAUAAAGAAAAUAUGAUUUAUAACUACAGUGUGAUCGAAGGUGAUUUGUUGACCGACAAAUUUGAGAAAAUCAUUUACGAGACAAAGCUAGUAGCUUCUUCCGAUGGAGGUUCGAUCUUCAAGAGCAUGGGCCAUUACUACACUCUCGGAGAUGCUCGAGUCGACGAAGAUGAAAUCAAGGCCGGUAACGAGAAGGGCUUAGGCAUAUUCAAGGCAAUUGAAGCUUAUCUCUUGGCUAACCCACACGAGUACAACUAGAUUAUUUCAUUACUCUCUACUCUUGUAAUAUGUGGUUGUUCUCUUUUCUUAUUACUAUCUAUCUAUAUACGCGAUUAUGUAUCUAUGUAUGUGUUAUUUAGUCGGAUUUAAAAAUAAUUAAAUAAAAAAUAC